AUGAGCUCUGCCAUUCUUCAGAGCCUCGUCACCGUGCACUCGGCAGAGCCCGCCAGGCGUCUCUCCUCCGAGACGACGGCACCGCUCACGGCUCCGUCGCCGGCGGCGCUGCACAAGACCCAGUCGGCGCCGCCACCGGCCAAGGGCAUUGAGCUUCAGUCUUUGCCUGGCCCCGCCAGCAACAGCCACGAAACUCCCUCACCAGUUGGGGUACUUGAUGGCGAUUUGGAAAGGAGCCGCCCGGGCACGCCCGAGGCGCCGGCCGACGCGGCCGCCGUCGUGCCCACCAUCUGGGAGCCGUACCGGAACCGCUUCCGGCUCAUGCUGACCUGCGCGACCGCUCUCGCCGAGGGCAUGAGCGACAGCGCGGCCGGUGCUCUCAUCCCGUACAUGGAAACAUACUACCACAUUGGCUACGCCCAGGUGUCGCUCAUCUUUGUCGGCCAGGCUCUCGGCUUCAUCGUCGCCGCCGUCUUCCUCGACUCUCUCCGGCAGUCCCUCGGCCACGCGCGCACGCUCGGCCUCGCGCAGACGCUCAUGACGCUCGCCUACGUGCCCAUGAUUGCCGGCGCGCCGUUCGUCGUCGUCGUGCUCGCCUUCUUCCUCGUCGGCUUCGGCAUCGCCGUCAACGUCGCCAUUGCAAACACCUUUUGCGGCAGCCUCGCCCGCGGAACCUUUGUCCUCGGCUGCAUGCACGGCUGCUACGGCCUCGGCGGCAUCGCGGGGCCGCUCGUCGCCACGUCCAUCGUCGCCCGCGCCGGCGCGCCCUGGACGCGCUACUACAUCUUCACCACGGCCAUAUUUGCGCUCAGCAUCGGCGCCGCCGUGUGGACGUUUCGCGGGUACGACCGCGAGCUGAGCCGGCAGCACGGCGCCGCGGCGGCCGCCGUCGGCAGCGGCAGCCGCAGGGAGGCCCUGGGCAGCAUGUUUGGCUCGCUGCGGACGCGCCUCGUGCUGCUGGGCUCGACAUUCAUCUUCUGCUACCAGGGCGCCGAGGUGUCCAUCUCCGGCUGGGUCAUCUCCUUUUUGAUUGACGCACGCGACGGCACGCCCGGCUCCGUCGGCUACGUCAGCGCGGGCUUCUGGGGCGGCAUCACGCUGGGCCGCUUCCUGCUCGUGGCGCCGGCGCAGCGCAUCGGCGAGAAGCGCUUCGUGUACGGGCUCGUCGUCGGCGCGCUCGUGUUCGAGCUGCUGGUCUGGCUCGUGCCCAACGUCGUCGGCAACGCCGUGGCCGUGUCCAUUGUCGGCGUGCUGCUCGGCCCCGUGUACCCGUGCGCCAUGUCGGCCUUCCUGCGCGGCAUGACGCCCAAGGAGACGCUCAGCGGCAUGGGCACCAUCAGCGCCUUUGGCAGCAUGGGCGGCGCCGUCUGGCCGUUUAUUGUCGGUCUGCUGGCGCAGGUCGUCGACACGUGGGUCUUGCACCCGAUUGUCAUUGUCUUGUUUGUCGGCAUGCUGCUGUGCUGGUACGGAAUUCGUCAUGAAAAGAGACGAAGCGAGUGA